AAGAAGAAACAAUUACUUAAUUGCUGUCUGAUCUAGGAUCAAACCGCAAAUUAAACAAGAAGAAAAGGGAGGUGGUCAUCAUAACAGCAUCAAUCAUUUCUGGAUUGCUUACUUUGGGGUUGCUUUGGCGUUUAACUUGGAAGACAACAAAUAGAAGACGUGAAAGAAAGAAAGAAGAUGUAGACGUACCAUUAUUUAAUUUCACAACGGUUGCUACAGCAACAAACAAAUUCUCUCCUGCAAAUGUGAUCGGGGCAGGUGGAUUUGGUCCUGUUUAUAAGGGACGUCUAUGUAACGGACAAGAUAUUGCAGUGAAGAGGCUAUCAAAGAAUUCAAUACAAGGUCUUGAAGAGUUCAAAAAUGAAGUUCUUCUCAUUGCAAAACUUCAACAUAAAAAUCUUGUCAAGCUUUUAGGCUACUGUGUUCAAGGAGAUGAAAAGAUGUUAAUCUAUGAGUACAUGCCCAACAAAAGCUUGGAUUGUUUCAUUUUUGAACAAAAUGAUACUCUGCUAGCAUGGCCAAAGCGUUUUGACAUUAUUAUCGGGAUUGUGCGAGGACUUGUCUAUCUUCACCAGGACUCUAGACUUCAAGUCAUCCACAGGGAUCUGAAAGCAAGCAAUAUUUUAUUAGAUAUCAACUUAAACCCAAAAAUAUCAGAUUUUGGCUUAGCAAGAGCUUUUGUAGGGGAUGAAAGUGAAGUGAAGACAGAUAGAGUUGUUGGAACAUAUGGCUAUAUGUCUCCUGAGUAUGCAGUUGAUGAAAGAUUUUCAGUGAAAUCUGAUGUGUUUAGCAUGGGUGUACUUAUGUUAGAGAUAGUGAGUGCCAUGAAAAACAGAAAAUUUUUGCACCCAAAUCACCAUCAUAACCUUUUGGGACAUGCAUGGUUGCUGUGGAAGGAGGGCCGGGCCUUGGAACUAUCGUAUACAUGUUUGGAGGAUUCACAUUCAAGAGCUCAAAUCUUGAGAUGUAUUCAAGUUGGUUUGCUAUGUGUUCAAAAGUAUCCUGAAGACAGGCCAAUAAUGUCUUGUGUGUUUUCUAUGUUAACGAAUGAGGAAGCAAUUCUACCCCAGCCUAAACAGCCUGGUUUCUUCAUAGAAAGAAGUCCUAGCAAUUCAGGUGCAAUAUUAAGAAAUGAAGAAUCUAACAUAGAGAAUGCAGUUACUAUAACUAUGCCGGAAGCUAGAUAGGAAAUUCAUAAGUAGCUUGCCUGAGAAGUUAUAUGUGAAAGUUUUUUAGUAUUUAAGGGUGCGUUUGGGAUUAGAUUGCAUCCUUUUGUUUUUAGAAGUAAAUUCUAUUAGUUGUUCAUAGUUGCUACUUGCUUGGGUGUGUAAAACUAAUAAGCUUUUCUAUAUCUUCUUUAAUGAAAUGGUUGGACUAGCCAAUUCUUAUCUAAAAUAUAAAUGAUUGAGACUCCUAAAUAUAGGCUUCUCUACCUUUAAACCACAGAUCCUAUUGAAAGUAUACAAAGUUUUGAA